GCCCCGGUUUAUCCCCGGUCUUCUCAGUCCGGGCCCGCCCCCCUCUGGCCCCCCUCUGGCCCCCCGUCUCCGCCUCACCCGUCCCCCGGAGGCUCCGAUCCCGCCGCCGCUCCGGGAGACUCGAGGGGUCGCGGCUCCGCUGCGGUAGCCCCGGCAGUCGCUGAUGGUGUGCCGGGGAGAGCGGGCGGGCCCGGAUUGAAAUGGCGGGCCGGGUUUGGGGGGGUAACACAUUGGCCUUGAUCCUCCCCGCUGUCCCCAGCACCGCUUACACCGCCGAGGCCACCGACUACGACGUGCGGGUGCUCCUGCGCUUUCCCCAGCGGGUGAAGAACCAAGGCACCGCCGACUUUCUGCCCAGCCGCCCCCGGCACAGCUGGGAAUGGCACAGCUGCCACCAGUGCGCGUCCCCUCCAGCGACCCUCCUUCCUCAACGGCGUUUUAAAAAAGCUUUUUUUUUUUUUUUUUAAUUGCUUUUCCCUCUUUUGGGGGCUCUGAGAUCUCCGGGGAGGGGGGUGGAGGGGGGGGGGCUAUCGCCUUGCUUCACGUCUAACGUCCCUAAAGCCACCGAGCUCCCGCAAUUCGUGUCCCCAGGGAGGGAGCCGGGAAGCUGGUGUGGUCCUAGGGUUGAUGGGGAAGCCGGUAAAAUCACCUCUGGGGAGGGGACGGCGUGAUUUUUGGGGGUGUCGCCUUGGUUGUCCCCGGGCACUACCACAGCAUGGAUGAGUUCAGCCACUACGACCUGUUGGAUGCCACCACGGGGAGGAAGGUGGCCGAGGGCCACAAGGCCAGCUUCUGCCUGGAGGACACCACCUGUGAUUUCGGCAACCUGAAGCGUUACGCCUGCACGGCUCACGCCCAGGGCUUGAGCCCGGGCUGCUACGACACCUACAACGCCGACAUCGAUUGCCAGUGGAUCGAUAUAACGGACGUGCAGCCGGGGAAUUACGUCUUAAAGGUUCAGGUGAAUCCCAAAUACAUCGUCCUGGAGUCGGACUUCACCAACAACGUGGUGAGGUGCAACAUCCAUUACACCGGGCGCUACGUCGCCAUGACAAACUGCAAGAUUUCCCAGGAAGAACGAAGCUGAAUUUCAAAAGAAAUCCCUGCUCUGCUUUUGACAGAAUGGUUUCAAAUGUCUUCCUGAGCGCAUUGCCCAAAUCCUGACUUUUUUUUUUUCUUUCUUUUUUUUUUCUUACCGAUCUUGAUGGAAGCGGGGCUGGAGGGACGUCACCUGCCCCGACCCCUGUCCCCCCCCUUGAGAAAGUGCCUCAGCUGGCUCCUCUGGCCCACCGGAGACCCCGGAGCCCAUCAGCAGUUCCUCCACCCCACCCCCCCCCGCCCCCAAAACCCCCACCAUUUCUUUACGUUCAAAGGAGGGGAAGCAAGAAUGACUCCUUGAAAUAUUUUUUUAUACUUAACUUUUCUUUAACCUUUGGCUUUUUGGGGUUUUGUUUGGUUUUUUUUUUUUUAUUUCCUAAGGGAAACCGAUGUUAAGUUUUAGCCGGAAUAAAGGCCGGGGCCCGUAAAUGCUGUAUAAAUGCUGUAAAUCACAUAUUAUGCAAUAAUAGUCUUUAACCCCUUCGGCAUUAUUUUUUUGGGGGGGGGGGGGUGGGCCUGGAGGUGAAAGAAGACAGCCCGGGGUGAAGAAGACACCCCGGAUUUGGAGGUGCUGCCCUGGUAGGGAUGCUCAACUCCUCUUCUCGAUACUCUGGGAUGCUCCGGUUAUUUUGGGGGCCAAAGGUGCUGGAAAUCCCAUUGCCCUACGGGGGCGCUUGCUCCCUCUGUUCGGCCUGUAAAAAUAGGAAGGGAGCACUUGAGAUGACUGGAAGUCUUGUUUUAUUAUUAUUUUUAUAAAAGUUAUUAUUAUUAUUAUUGUUAUUGUUAUUAUUAUUAUUUUCACAAGCUUUAAAACCAGAAAUCAUUAAAACACGUUGCUUUGGA